AUGAGAUCUGCAGCUAGAGUCAUCAACAAGAGCUGUAGCGGCUCUGCUCUUUCGAGAAGAUGUCUGAGAAAAUCGAGCUUGAGCAUGAGUAUGAGAUAUUUAAGUACUUCGAACAUCGGAGUCAGAAAAGGUUUCAACGGACAGGGUAAAAGUUCGAAUAAAACGAUGUUGUUUUUGGCUGCUGGGGCUUCAGCUGUAGCUGGGAUCGGGCUGCUCUCUCAAUUUAGCGACAGCUUGCAAAAUGCUACGAAAGAAGAGCUAAACAAGCCAAAGGUUUCCCCGCUCGAGGUCGCCAAGCACUCGAGUCCCGAUGACUGCUGGGUGGUGAUCGAUGGGUUUGUCUACAAUUUGACGGAAUUCAUUAGCGCCCAUCCUGGUGGACCAGCUAUCAUCGAGAACAACGCCGGUAAGGAUGUGACGGCGAUCUUUGGCCCAAUUCAUGCGCCAGAUGUCAUUGAGAAGUACAUUGCUCCGGAGAACCGGAUCGGUCCUCUAGACGGGAAAAUGCCCGACGACUUGAUCUGUGCGCCAUUGACGCCCGGUGAGACUCCUGAGGAUGUUGCCAGAAAGGAGGAGUUGCGUCAAAAUAUGCCAGAUCUCGACUCGUUGGUCAACAUUUACGAUUUCGAGUUCUUGGCGUCCCAGAUUUUGACCAAACAGGCAUGGUCCUACUACUCUUCUGCUGCCGAUGACGAAGUCACCCACAGAGAGAACCAUGCUGCAUACCACCGUAUCUUCUUCAAGCCAAGAAUCCUAGUCAACGUCAAGGAGGUGGACACUUCCACCACCAUGUUGGGUGAAAAAGUGGGUGUUCCAUUCUAUGUGUCUGCUACCGCUCUAUGUAAAUUGGGUAAUCCAAAGGAAGGUGAAAAGGAUAUCGCUAGAGGUUGUGGCGAGAGCGAUGUGAAGCCAAUCCAGAUGAUUUCCACUUUGGCCUCUUGUUCUUUGCAAGAAAUCGUCGAAGCAGCACCUUCCAAGGACCAAAUCCAAUGGUUCCAAUUGUAUGUCAACAGUGACCGUAAGAUUACCGAGGAAUUGAUCAAAAACGUCGAAAAGCUGGGCUUGAAGGCUAUCUUCGUUACUGUGGAUGCCCCAUCUCUCGGUAACAGAGAAAAGGAUGCUAAGGUCAAAUUCACCAACAAGGACAGUUCCGCAAAGGCCAUGGAAAAGAGCAACGUCAAGGAAUCCAAGGGUGCUUCCAGAGCUCUUUCCACUUUCAUUGACCCUGCUCUAUGCUGGGAUGAUAUCGUUACCUUGAAAUCAAAGACCAAGUUGCCAAUUGUCAUUAAGGGUGUUCAAUGCGUCGAAGACGUCUUGAAAGCCGCAGAAAUUGGUGCCGCCGGUGUCGUCUUGUCCAACCACGGUGGUAGACAACUAGACUUUUCCAGAGCGCCAAUCGAAGUCUUGGCCGAAACAAUGCCUAUUCUAAAAGAAAAGAAACUAGACGACAAGAUCGAAAUCUUCAUCGAUGGUGGUGUCAGAAGAGGUACCGAUAUAUUGAAGGCCUUGUGUCUUGGUGCCAAGGGUGUCGGUUUAGGUAGACCAUUCUUGUACGCAAACAGUUGUUAUGGUAAGGAAGGUGUCAAGAAAGCUAUCGAAUUGCUAAAGGACGAACUAGAAAUGUCAAUGAGAUUGCUUGGUGUCACUAGCAUCGACCAAUUGUCUGAGAAGUAUCUGGAUCUAUCUACUCUUCACGGUAGAACGGUUAGCGUACCUCGUGACAACUUGUACAACGGAGUGUAUGUUCCACACGAACCAACUGACUUCAAGGAAAAUUGA